AUGUGUAGUUGUCGAACACGAAACUGCGCGCGCGCACGGUCAGCCAGGCCGCGGCGGGAAGGCACACAUCUACGCACUGCCGGCCCGCGUUGUACGCUAAAUACGAGUUGAACAGCAGCUCCUGCAUCGCGUUCCCCCACCCCGAGGCUGGCCGCCGUCUCAGCGCGCGUCGCGGCGACCCGGGAGCAGGACGAGGACGCACCGUGGACAUGGUUCGCGAAGAAGAUGUACUUGCCGUCCGGGUCCUCCUGCUCGCUGUGCUGUGGCAGGGCGAGCUCGCGCUCGUGGUACUCCUGGUACAGCGGCGGGAAGAUGUGGUUCUCCGGCGGGUCGUCGACGAGGACGACGUACUCCUCCUGCUCGGCCUCCUGGAACGCGGUGCGGAAGAGCGCGACGGCCGAGAGCGCGAUGAGGGCAAGGAAGGCUAUUCGGGUGUAGCGCUUGUUGUGUGGCCAGCGGAGGCAGGAACGCGAGGCAUGUCGGUCGUGGCGGUCGUGUACAGGGGUGGGCAGGAUGUGGUCCUCAGAGGCCCGCGAGUGCCACGAAGAGCGUUGGCCGAACAUGGAGGGCUCGUCGUCGCCAGGGUGUGUGUUGGAAGAGCCUGGGCGGCAUGGCCUCUGCUCCACUCCCUCUCCCGCGUCCCGUCCUCGCAGCACGCUUAGGCGCCCGAUAUAUUCCGCUCGUGUGCACGACCUCGCCAUCAACACAUCAAGCAC